CGAAUAUUGUGUCUUCCGUUAAUAAUUCUACUAUUGGCCAGCUACUGAGCCCUGGCGCUGUCCUUCUCCUUUAUAAGCCCCUUGAGGUCUUUCUGUCUCCUCUCCCACCUUUUCACUUCUUCAACACCAGCACCAUGGCUCACUACUUCCAACGCAAAGACAUUCUUCCCCUCACCGGCGGUUGCGCUUGUGGUCUUAUCCGCUACCGGCUGACUCUUCACCCCCUUAUAGUUCAUUGUUGUUACUGUACUAGCUGCCAGCGUCAGACAGGCUCUAUUUGCGCCCUCAAUGCUGUCAUAGAGUCCACCGCCUUGACUCUCCUCCCCUCAGCACCCCCCACUAUCGUUGGUUCUUCGUCCUACCUGGACCCUAUCCCCGCUGCUAUUCAUCCCGCCUUCGCACGGCUUACAUCCGCCGAUUCAACUGCACGUGAGCCUCGCCCCGAAGCCGAACCCGUGUCUGUGUGUCUUCCUACAGCUUCUGGCGUGGGACAGACCCUUGUUGGGUGUCCUGUGUGCCACACCGGUCUGUGGAAUUACUACGCAGAUGCUGGGCCUCAUCUGUCAUAUGUUCGUGUUGGGACCUUGGACAGGCCCUGGGAUAUUCAGCCGGACGUUCACAUUUACACGCAGGGUCGUCAGAGUUGGGUAACUGUCAACGAUGGGAAGCCAUCGUUCGAGGGCUAUUAUACCAGGCGUGAGGACUACCUGAGGGAUGAUGCCCUCAAGAGGUAUGAGGCACUCAAGCCGCAGGUUGCUGAGAUGAAAGCAGAGCUAAUGGCCGGCUGGGAGUGAGCUACAAAUGAAGUAUGACAAAGAUAGGAGAAUAGCACAAUACAGAUCGCGAAUUGUUACAAGCA